AUGACCAAGUCGCAGCUUUCGAGCCAGCUGAAAGCGGCGUCUCGAGAAGGACUCCUUCCGUUGAACGGGUGCCUCUCGUAUACCUACGAGCUUCCCACGCUAGCGGUGGAGGCGGCGGCGUCAGCGGCAGCAGCGAAGGUGAAGGUGAAGGCGGAGGUUGGCACGGAGGAGGAAGAGGAGGAGGAGAAUGUCGGCGGCGGAGGGCACAAGUUUGGUGACGCGUGCUAUAACGAGGGCCAGGUCGUCUGGGUCCGAGGGGCGUUCGUGGCCUACAUGGACGGUCAAGCUGUCGAAGACGACGAUGUCUGGUGCCCCGGGGUCGUGUGCGCCGCCGCUAAUUCCGCCGCAUCUUCUCCGGCGGAAGCAAACGGAGGGGAUGGUGCCGUGGCGUCCCCGGGGGGGCUGGUCGUAGACGUGAUGGGUCAGUCAAAGGUGGAGUUUGCCGUGGGGACGGACAACCUCACCGGUUUUCCGGGGUACGGAGACAACCUCGAGGCGUUUCGGCACUCGGUGGCGACGGGCCUGGGAAACCCUCCAGAUCACAUGUGUCUAGCGGUGGCGCAAGCAAUCCUGGCGUGCCUAAAAUGUGGAUGGGACCCCGCAAGAGGCACGAACCUGUUUCGGCCCGCCUUGUGCAACGAGCAGCGAGAAGGGGAUGCGCGGCUCGGGAAGUACGCUACCGCGUGGGGCGUGGACCCCGACCGGCUGGAGGAGCUGCUCAAGUACUCGUGGGCGUUGAUGAAGCCCAACGCCCAGAAGUCGAAAAAGGCCGAUGGCGAUCAAGCCGGCAGCAGGGAGGAGGAGGAGGAGGAGGAGGAAGAGGAGGGAGAGGGGGAGUGGGACCACCUGAGGGCGACCUGGCGGAAGCUGGAGAACAUGUGGCGGGGGGCGAAGUCGGCCGCGCAUGACGAGGGUUCUGUGUCCCGCGGCGGAGAUGGCGGUGGUGCCGCGGAUAGCGGCGGCGGCAGUGGCAGCGGCGGAGGCGGCGGAGGCAGAGGCGGGGGCAGUGAUAGUGCGGUGUCCGAUGCCACAAGCAACGGCGGUAGCGGUAGCGCUACCACGGGGGUUGAUGCUGACAACAACGCCACUGCGAAAAAGGGCACGGUGGCCGCCGGAACAGGCGACGAUGGCGGGGAUGGGAGCGAGCCGGGUGGUGAGCUGCCGCCACCGCCGCCGCCACCGCGGCCGCCGCCAGCUGCGGCGGCGGCGGCGGAAGGAGGCGUUGCGGCGCCCACGGCUGCGACGCCCGCGACACCGGUGCCUUCGGCGGCGGCUUCACCACCGCCGCCUGUGCCGAGAGCACUACCACCCAAGGGGCUGGUGCAUCGCAGCCAGCAGGGGCCAAGGCUUCGUCGAAACCAGCCACGGCUGUCUCAGGCGCUGCUGCCGCUGCUGCUGCUGCUCCUUCUCCUCAGCCGACAAUCGCCGCCAAACCCCGUCCAGGUAGGCCAGCGGCCGAAGCGAGCGAUUGCCGAGAUCGCAAGAGGGCCAGGACGGACUCGGGGGACCAGACCAACACCGCCCGGGGUGAAGCAGCAGCACCCGUCACCAGCAACAGCGCAACUCCGGCAGCUGCCUCGCCUGCUGCCGUUACCCCCACCCCCACAGCCGGACGUUCUCUGCCGCUGACUGCGGUCAGAAAAGCAGGGGAGACCGGGGGCGCAGCAGGAUCAGUUUCGCCGGCGUCCGCCGUCGGCAACGGCAAGGUAUCGGGGCCGGGUGACCGCGGUGCUACGGCUGUUGUCGGUGUGGCUCGUACUGCUCCCUCGAUUGCUGCUGGCCCUGCUG